UCACAGGUGAGUUCACAUGUGGCGCAUGCGCAGUACGCUUGUACGUUUUGUCCCAGCUGGUUCGAGAAAACAGAGCAAAUGGAGGAACUUUGAAGUAUUCGUGCACUCGUUUCUCCGAGCAACAGACGACGCGUUUGCUUUCACUUCAUCGUGGACAGGCUUUCUGGAGAGCAACGCACCAUCAACCAUGGCUGCUGCUGCUGCUGCUGCUCCACCCGCCAGAGGCACCCUGAGAGAGGACCUGACAUGCGCCAUCUGCUGCGACCUGUUCAGGGAGCCGGUCAUGUUGGCCUGCAUGCACCACUUCUGCAAACCCUGCAUCUCCAGGUACUGGAGAGGAACGCAGGGCCCCGUGAGCUGCCCGCAGUGCCGCAAGGAGUUCAGCUCCAAGCACUUCCAGACCAACUACCUGGUGACCGCUAUGGUGGAGAAGGUCCGGGCCACCACCUCGGACUCUUACAUCAAGAACCUAGAGAAACAACUGAAAGAAACUUUGGACAGUCAUCGGCUGAAGAAGGAGGACUUCAUCAACGCUAUUCGCAGAGACAAAGACAAGAUGGACACUAUAAAGAGAGUCGGAGCAGAUCUGCAGGCUCACGUCAAAGAGGAAUUCAGAGCUCUCCACCAGAUCCUGCUUAACGAGGAGGCCUGCUCGCUGGAGCAGCUGAGGAGAGAGGAGGAGGAGGAGCUGGAGAAGGUCCGGCGCCACCUGGAGGCCACGGAGCUGGCGGUGCGGGAGCUGGAGGACGGUAUAAAGGCGCUAGAGCAGGCUAGCGCUGCCACCGAAAACAUCGUGCUAGCUGAGCUCCCACAACUGCGGCCAUGUGUGCGGGAAAAUAUCGCCCCAGAGUUUGAUGCAAAUGCUUUCAGGAAUAAAUACAUGGCUCCGUUACAGUACAUCACAUGGAGAAAGAUGUUCAAGUCGUUGAAUCCAGGUCCGUCCCCAUUAACGUUCGACGUGGACACCGCACACCCGAACAUUCACGUCUCCAGGGACAAAACGGCGGCAGUCGAAUGCGACGUCGAGGCGCCACACACGGACAGCAACAAGCGCUUUCUGCAGUGCGUCAACAUUUUGGCUGCCCAGAGCUUCCAGUCAGGCCGACACUACUGGGAGGUGGAGGUGGGCUCCAAACCCAAGUGGGACCUGGGGGUGGCGUCCGAGGCCGUGGACAGGCGGGCUCGGAUCAAGCUGAGCCCCGAAAGCGGCUACUGGACGCUGCGGCUGCGUAAGGGGAGGGAGUACUCGGCCGGCACGCAGCCCUGGACGAGGCUGCGCCUGGGCUCCUGCCCUCAGAGGCUCGGCGUGUUCCUGGACUGCGAGGAGAGGAGGGUGUCCUUCUACAACGCCGAUGACAUGAGUCUGCUCUACUCCUUCGCCGGCGGGCCGCGGGGCAAGGCGUUCCCCUUCUUCAGCCCGUGCAUCAGUGACCGCAGUCAGAGAGCUCCGCCUAUCAAACUGCUCCACUACCCGCCCGUCGCUCUGUCUGGCUGACGGACCGGCUGAGUGCACCUUCAUAAAUACGUUUCGCUUUGCAAGAGCUGCUGUCAUCACUCGGCUAUGAAAGAAAGAACAGGCCUGCCAUUUGGGAGGGUUGUGGUUCUGUAAAACCAGUUUAAUAUUUUAUUCAGAUGCUUAUUUUGUGUUCCAUGCAUCGAUGAUCAGAUAUGGCCAGAUGCAUCUAUUUUCUAUCUGAAAUGAACCUAAUAGCUUUUCCCAGUUAAUUGCAAAAAAAACAUUUACACUGCUACUAUGAUGAGGAUUGUUUGAUUUUAUAGGAGCAGAAACAUGAAAAUAACAAAAUGCUAUAUUCAACCAUUGAAUUUAGAUGCAUCAUUUGAUUUGAAGUCACACUUUAUCCCUGUUAAAAUCUACAUUUGGUUAAUUUUCCCUUAUGUCAGACUUCCCUUUAGCUUGCUCAUAAACCGCUCAGAUGAGCGCCGUUGAUUUACAUCGGCAAGAAGCAUUUGUUCGCUUCACUGAGAUUGAACAUUUGAUUAAAAGGUUCUUUAUGUUAUAGUAUGAAAGUAAAGUUUUUUUACCUUUUUAAUUUUUUUUUUAAAGAUGACUUCUUGCAGCUCCUUUAUUCAUUAUUUGUGGAAUUCUAGAACACGUGCAUGUGGCUGACAGUGGAUACAAUGUACACUGCUUUGUAUUGCUCAAUGACAUAACAUGAAUAUAUUUGUGUGCAGCAUCCUGUCAGUGCUGUCUACUUGCAUGUUUGAUCAUUUCCUGAAAAACACGCAAACAAUACCUGCAAACGCUGCCGAUGCAAAUAAUAAACCAAUCACUUUUUCUUCCUUAAAUAAACAUUGUCUCUGCA